AGCCACAUUUCAGCUCCGCCGCCAUUGCCGUAUUCUCUCUCCUCCACUCUCAUCUUCAGCAGCGGCCAACAUGGGUUUCUUCUCCAUCUCUAUAAUCGUCUGAUACGGCGGAGCUUCUGAAACACUAGCACGGAUUGCUUGUUCCCAGAACCUUCCAGAAGGAUGGCGGGUUCGCAGAGGUCAACGGGGACGGUGAAGUGGUUCAGCGGCCAGAAGGGGUUCGGAUUCGUGGCGCCGGACGACGGCGGCGAGGAUCUCUUCGUCCACCAGACAGAGAUCCGGUCCGACGGGUUCCGGACCCUCCGGGAGGGCCAGCGGGUCGAGUUCGCCGUCGAUUCGGGCGAGGAUGGCCGGAGCAAGGCCGUCGACGUGGUCAGUCUUGCCGGCGGAUCUUUCCGGUACGGAGGAGGCGGGGGCUUUGGCGGGAGAGGGAGGUUUGGCGGCGGCGGCGGCGGUUACGGCUGGUACGGCGGCGAUGGCGGUGGGUACGGGAGGGGCGGCGGCCGGAGAGGUGGAUACGGCGGAGGAGGGGGAGGCGGAGUGGAGUGUUAUAAUUGUGGGGGAAUUGGUCAUUUAGCGAGGGAGUGUUACCGGGGCGGCGGUAGCGGUGGCGGUGGUGGGGAGUGGGGUUACGGUGGUGGUGGUGGGGAGUGGGGUUACGGUGGUGGCGGUCGUGGCGGUGGCGGCCGAGGUGGGAGGGGGUAUGUCGAAGGCCGAGGAGGCGGUGGGCGGGGGUAUGGCGGCCGCGGCGGAGGAGGAAGAGGUGGGGCGUGUUAUAAUUGUGGGGAAGUAGGGCAUUUUGCAAGGGAUUGUCCCAAUGAACGAAACUGAUAAAUGUGGGUAUUGUAUUCUUUCUUCUUCAAUGAUUGUCAUUUGCUUAUUACUUGUGCAUUGGAUUUUGGUAUAGGGUUGCUUGGUGCAUUGUUUUAGGCAAUGACAUGAGCUCACAAGUUACAAUAAUCUCUUUUUCUUUUUACCGAGCAAAAAAAAAUAAAAUAAUAUCUUUUUCUUUUUCCUCCAAAAUUUCUCCUUUGUAAUACAUAACCUUCCUCUUUUUUUCUUUUUUUGUGUUUUCCAAGAUUUGUUGUGAGUAAUUGUUUUGCAUAUUGCAUAUGUUGACCUAAAAAUUAAUGAGAAUGAGAGUAUUUUUUAUUUUUUCAA